UGCUCGCAGCUCCGCUACUUAAGCAGCAACAAGUACGGCUCCCCGACGCAUCGAGCCAAACACACGUGUACAUGUUGGACCCAGCCCAUGCGUUGAGAACAUUCCGAAACACAAAUACGCGAAUAUCAAAAAUUCCGAUGCGGCGUUCCGUGUGCUGCCCCUUCUCAGGACACUACCACCAGGCCCCCGAGCGCCCCCCAGAAAGCGCAUCUAGAUAGAACAAACCAUUGUUCACCGCCCUAUGAGCUGCGUCAUCACCAUGACCUUUCUGACGGCUGCCAUGCUCCCUAACUGGAGGCGCUUCCAGUGCGAGCGCAGAAUGUGGAAAAGACAGGGGCGGGCGCAACAGAAACGCCUAUCUAAGUGUCCAACGUGGGAGAGGAUGGGGAGGACGAGGAGGAGGAGGACCAGUCUCGGGGAGGAGAAGGGCAAGGAGAAGAGGCAAGGAAAAAGGAGACAGAGGGACAGCCCUGCGGAUCCUCCGCAGACGCCCAUCGAAAACAGCGGCGCCCGCAGCGGGGACGAGGGCGCCGCGGCGCGGCCACGGGAGCCGAGCUGCGCCAGGGGCAGGCGCCCUGAGGCGCGCGCCGCGGGAGCUCCUGGGAGGCCGCGGCUGCGCCUCGGGCCACGAGGCCGGGCGGCGCCCUCAGCCGGAGGGCGCCCUCUCCGGGGGCACUGCGCGGAGGGCGCCUCGAGCCGAGGACCCGGCGCCCUCCCUUGCCUCCAGGCGGUAGAGGGAAACAACUACUGAACACUCCCCCUCCCCACCAAACUCGAUGUUGGCACGCGCGGGGGAGACUGCGGCCGAAGUGCAUCUCAUCAGACCCACCGCCAACUUUGAACAGUGGGGGGAGGGGGAGGCGUUGACAGAUGAAUGUGGCACGAGUGUUCGCUAACUUGUUCCGAGGCCUGGAUGGCGCAGGGGGGGGCGCCACAGGACGCAGGGGCCCCCCACAGGGCACAGAGGGUGCCCGUGGCGCCCCCGGGCACGCCCCCCUUCUCAGGGAGCUGCCGCUCAGGGCACGGACCGGGCCAUGCGGGGGCGCCGCCCGCGCCGCCCUGCGGCGCUCGGGCGCCUCGCGGCGCCGUCUCUCCCCCGCCGGGGGAGAGGGGGAGCGACGGCGAGAGAGUGCUGC